UAACAAUAUAAUUUCUAUUAAUUCAUUCAAUUAUUGAUAACUGUGAACAAUGGAUCACUGUCGCAAAGAAAGGCGACAGACUAACCCUAGAGAAACAGCUAACAUUUUUUCUCUCUUAACUUUUGCAUACGUAGGCCCUCUUUUCAAAAAAGCUAACAAGAAGGACCUAGUUGAUGAUGAUCUUUACGAAGUACUAACAAGCUGUCGUUCAAAAACUUGUGGUGAUAAAUUAGAAACGGAAUGGAACAAAGAGAAAAAGCUGCACAAAAAUCCGUCGGUUAUAAAGUUGAUUUCAAAAUGUUACGGUUUGAAAUAUUUAUUACUGGGAUUCCUAGAUUUUUCAUUCAAUACAUUUGACAGUAUAGCUCGUCCAUACCUAAUAAGUCAUUUAGUGGCUUAUUUCACGCCUGGCCAAAAUUCAAUGACAAUCAACGAUGCUUGUUUUUAUGGUUUUGGUUUGAUCAUAUUGUCACUAUCGUUCGCAACCUACUAUCACAACUACAUAAUAUGGGUUCAAUCAUUUGGUAUGGAAAUCAAAACAGCAUUUUCUUCUCUUUUAUACAGAAAAUCAUUAAAGCUUUCACCGACAGCUUUAGUCGAUACUACAUUGGGAAAUAUUGUUACAUUAAUAACAAGAGACGUACAAUCUUUUGUGUCAGUAAUUUUCACAAUAAACGAUACCUGGAUCGCUGUGACACAAAUUUCGGUCAUUUGUUAUUUACUUUAUAAAAAAAUUGGGGUAAUAUCAUUUGUAGGUAUUGGCAUACUUCUUGGUGUCGUACCAAUUCAAAUUUUUAUUUGCAGCUUGAUAACUAAAUUUAGAUAUAAAUCAUGUAAACAAACUGAUGAACGCUUACAGCUUACCCAAGAAAUAUUAUCUACAAUGAGGAUCGUGAAAAUGUAUGGAUGGGAAAAUUAUUUUGCAGAUAAAAUUAACGAGGCUAGAAGAAAAGAAAUUGUGAAGCUUAAUCUGGGUUUCUAUUCGAAAAAAUUGCUGAUCCUCUCCGGAAUAAUAUUCUCCAAUCUAGGUUUCUUUAUGCUAAUUAUGGCAUGCAUAUGGAGCGGAAUGUCUACCGACGCUUCUGUCAUUUUUUAUAUACUUUCAAACUAUAGAGGACUAAGAACUUGGAUGGUUUUUGUUGUUCCUUAUGGUAUGGGUGUCGGAAGUGAAUUCGUGUCAUCCUAUAAACGAAUAUCGAAAACGCUGCAAUCUGAAGAGCUUGAACCUCACGAAACAUCCUACGCAGAAAAACCAUUAAUUCAGAUUACAAAAGCUAAUGUGAAAAUUAAAGAAAAUCGCAUAUUAAAAGAUAUUAAUCUCAAAUUGACGAGUGGUUUAACGAUAAUUACGGGACCAGUGGGAUCUGGUAAAAGUUCUCUAUUAAAAGUGAUUUUAAAAGAUUAUCCAUUGGAAAGUGGUACGUUGAUAUCGCAAGGAAACGUUUCUUAUGCUUCCCAAGAUCCUUGGUUGUUCCCGUCGUCUAUAAAACAGAAUAUCCUAUUCGGAGAGCCUUAUAACGCCCAGAGAUACCAAGAAGUCGUACGAUCAUGUGCUCUUCUAUUUGACUUCAAUCUCUUAGAAAACGGCGAUGAGACUAUCUUAACCGAUAGAGGCUCAAACUUAAGCAAAGGGCAGCAAGCUAGAAUUAAUUUAGCAAGAGCGGUGUACAGAAACAGCGAUAUUUACCUUCUGGAUGAUAGCUUAACCGCUCUUGAUGCUUCUGUUCAAGAUUACAUUUUCCAAGAAUGUAUUACUAAGUUUUUGAAAAAUAAAAUUUGUGUUUUGGUAAGUCAAACGCCUAGUCAUAUAAAUGAAGCAGACACUGUUGUUAUAAUGACCAAAGGAACGAUAAAAGAUAUUGGAACACCCAAUGAAGAUAUAAUAAAUGAAGUUAACGAAUUAAUUAAAGAGGAUGAUAAUUUAGAAAGGGUAGUUUCCAAGGAAGAAUUGAAUGAUACCAAAGAGAUUACAGAAGAAACUAGCUUAUUGGAAACUGAACAAACUAAUAUGAAACCAAAAAUUUAUAAAGAAUUGAAGAAAGAAGGUUCAGUAGAUUGGGCAGUUUAUGGGAAAUACUUACAAUAUGGUGGCUGGAUAUUAGUAAUUUUAAAUAUUGUGUUGAAAUGCGGCACUCAAUUUAGCGCUAGUUAUUCCGAAAGACUUUUAACAAAGUGGGUAGACCAAAAGCAAAAAAUACUAAAUCUGGAUAAUAACAAAACCUUUUUCAUCAAUUCCAACCAAACUGCUUAUUAUAGUGACACACUGGCAAAAGAAAAUUUAAUAGCACAAAAUACUUUUUAUUUAUAUGCAUUAUGUCUAACAGUUACAUCUUUGUUGGAUCUGUUAACAGUGUACAUAUUAUUACAAUUCUGCAAAAGAGCUUCCAUAAAUAUUCACAAGACACUAGUGAAGAAAAUCAGCAAUGCCGUUAUGACUUUUUUUGACACCCACUUCAUUGGAAACAUACUGAACCGAUUUUCACAAGACAUGCUCAAUAUCGAUGAUAAUUUAUCUACCGUUGUUGAUCUUUGCUGUAGGGUUAUGUUUAAUGUAGGAGGAAUAUUGUUGUUAGUUAUUUGGGUUAAUCCCCCAUUUAUCAUACCUAUCGCCAUCGUUUUCACAAUUCUGUAUUUAGUAAGAAGGUAUUACCUAUCCGCAGGACGUAGUUUAAAGAGACUAGAGGCAUCAUGUCGCAGUCCAAUGAUUGGCCAUCUGAAUGCUACAUUAGAAGGCUUAACGACUAUCAGAGCAUUUAAAGUCCAAGAAACAUUGAUAAAUGAAUACGAUAGACAUCAAGAUCUAUACACUUCCGCCAAUUUCACAUCAUGGUGUUGUGUGAGAGCAUUCAGUUUUUUUAUAGACACAAUUAGUACGCUCUUAUUGUUGAGUGUUGUAGUACAAGUAUUAUUUAUAAGAACAAGUAAUACCGCUGGUGAUAUUGGUUUGAUGAUAACACAAAUUUCACAAUUAUUAGGAUCCCUUACUUUUGGAAUUCGUCAAUGGACCGAGCUAGAAAAUAAUAUGACAUCUCUAGAAAGAAUAUUGGAGUACAUAGAAAUUAAAACCGAGGAUAAAAAAGGAGCAGAAAUUAAAGAUUGGCCUAGUAGAGGCAGUAUAUCCUAUCAAAAUGUAUCACUUUCCUACGAGGAUAAUGACUCGUACGUUUUGAAAAAUUUAAACUUUGAUAUUAUGCCUGGAGAAAAGAUAGGAAUUGUGGGAAGAACAGGUGCCGGAAAGUCUUCAAUAAUUUCAACAAUCUUCAGAUUGUAUGAAGUCAAGGGUAAAAUACUCAUAGAUGGUGUUGAUAUUAAGACGCUAUCUCUUGACUUUUUGAGGAAAAAUAUUGUUGUUAUUCCUCAAGAUCCCAUUUUGUUUUCGGGAACAAUUCGUUCAAAUUUAGAUCCUCUAAAUGUUUAUCAAGACAGCGAACUUUGGGAUACAUUAGACAGAGUUGGUUUGAAAAAGUUAAUCGAUAGUUUGCAACAAGAAAUAAACAGUAGUAUUCUAAGUUUCAGCUCAGGUCAAAAGCAACUAUUCUGUUUAGCUAGAGCUAUUCUGCGUAAAAAUAGAAUUAUAGUUAUGGACGAGGCCUCAGCUAACAUGGAUCAAGAAACGGAUCAUAUUUUACACCAGAUAAUUAAAGACAACUUUUCAGAUUGUACAUUAAUAACUAUAGCUCACAGAUUACACUCGGUAUUAGAAUGUGACAAAGUAAUGGUAUUGGAUAGGGGAGAAAUUAAAGAAUUCAACGAUCCAUUAACUUUGCUUGAAGACAAUCAAGGAAUGUUUUAUAAAAUGGUGAAACAAGCAGGAUUACUUAAUUAUUUAAGUUGAGAUUAUUUUUUUUAUUGGAAUAAGCACAUUAAUAAACAAUUAUAGU